UCUUUCCAUUUAGGAUUCAAGACAACAAAGUCUGUAUUCCGCUGCUUCAUUCUCAGUGCAAUGGGAGGAUGAGAGACUGAGCUGGAACCCUGACGACUACGGUGGUGUUGAGUACAUGAUUGUGAAUACAAAUGAGAUAUGGUACCCCCGACUGAUCAUGCGCAAAGAUUAUGCACGAAUUGGAGUUAUCGGAGAUUCGACAGAAUCCUUGCUGAUGUACAACGGUAAGGUGAACACGAUGAACAUGAUAGAGUAUCACUCCUCCUGUUUCUUAAAGCAGGGUAAAUUCCCGUUCGAUAGUCAAACUUGUGAUGUAUUAGUUGGACUAACCACCACACCCGAUUCCCUCGUGAGGUUGUUACCUCGUCUGACUAAGGACUACCGGCUCAGCAUUGUUAAUGACUGGAAGCUGCUUGACGUAACAAUCCAACCAUUCAAAUUAAAAUGCGCCAAUUUCGAGGUAGACCACUCAGAAGCUACAUCAGUCGAGUGGGUAACAUCACCUGUGAUUGGUGAUCCAAGAUGCAUGUAUACAAUCGAUAUCAGGAUAAGUAUAUCUCUCCAACGCGAAUGGGUGGCUUAUAUAUAUUCAGUGAUAGGUCCAUCCGCCUUUCUGGGCAUCAUCGCAGCCGCCAUCUUUUGGCUUCCGCCGGACUGCGGUGAGAAGCUUUCCUUUGGCGUGUCUUUACUUUUAGGCUUCGUGGUGUUUCAGACGCUGGUCCAGGGAGCGCUUCCGGAAGGCGGCAACGGGGAGCCCCCGGCCGCGCUGUCUUUCAUUGUCAUUACCUUCUUCUUGUGUGGUUGCUCUGUGCUGUUGACUGCCGUGACGCUCACCUUACACAACUGGGAGGUCCCCAAGGAGAAGAAGAAGAAGGAGAAAGUGUUUUGUGUGAAUCUCGGCAGUACGAGCUCACAAGAAGAGAACAAUUACGACUUGGGGCGUGAUGGAGACGCUUUGGAAGAUGAGAUAUCAAAGGAAACAGUCGCCACUAACUGGAAGAGGAUUGCACAUCGUCUCGAUAUGCUUGGGUUUGUUUUGUAUGUCGGCGGCUUUUUCGUGAACAUAAUCAUUUUCGUAAUGUCUGCGACUUAGUAGCCCAUGGUCCAAAUUAAAUUCCCAGAGAACCGUCGAAAUCAUCGACAAAAUUCGCGGAUAAAAUUAUACAACAACUAACCAUUCGUUGUGAGUAGCUAGAAACAAAUUAAUGUUUGAUGGAUUAUUGGCGACUAUUAUUAUUAUUCAUAUCUUUUUGUAUUAUGCGUGUUUGGUGAGCUGGAAAGGGUAUUGACUGAAGUUUGUGUAGAAGUAUUUUGUCAUAGUUGUAUUAAAAUUGAGAAUUUGUACAGAUCAUAGCCCAGGGGUGGAUUUCACAAAGAGUUAGGACAAGUCUUAUCUCGA